AUGACGGAUAUUUGUUACCGAUACCAAAAACCAAGGCAUCAUUCCAACGUUUGUCCCGAGCGGAGGCAAGCUAAUUUUAUAGAGGAUGUCAAUGAUGACGAAGAAAAUGACGAAGUUGUAGACGAUGAUUAUGCAGGGGCUGAGUUUGCAAUGGAGGAGGGAAUGGAAAGGCUUACUUUGGUUUUACAGAGUGUUCUUUUGGCACCAAAAGAGGAAGGGCAACGACACAUCAUUUUCUGUUCUCUUUGUUCAAUCAAAAAUAAAAUAUGUGAUGUGAUCGUAGACAAUGGGAGUUGCGAGAAUUUUGCGUCAAAAAAAUUGGUGGAGCAUUUGCAGCUACCAACAGAGACACAUAUCAGCCCUUAUUCACUGUGUUGGGUUAAAAAGGGACCUUCAGUUCGUGUUGCUGAGACUUUCCGCGUGCCACUCUCCAUUGGUAAGCAUUACAGAGAUGAUGUCAUAUGUGAUGUUAUUGAUAUGGAUGCAUGUCAUAUCUUGUUGGGGCGACCUUGGCAAUUUGAUGUGGAUGCAACCUUUAAGGGUCGAGAUAAUGUGAUAUUGUUUUCCUCGAAUAACCACAAGACUGCGAUGGCUACUAUAGUGCCCAGCGAGCAAGAGUUAAAUGAGGCAAUAAAAGAAGCAGAUUAUUUUUGUCCCAUGGUGUUGAAGGGGCUAUUAAAGGCCAUCAAAGAAGAAAAUGUAAUUCCUCCUGAAGUGCAACAGAUUUUGUCAAAAUUUCAGGAACUAUUUUCUGACAAGCUGCCAAACGAGAUGCCGCCGUUGAGAGAUAUACAACACCACAUUGAUUUGGUACCUGAGGCUAGUCUACCAAAUCUGCCACAUUAUCGCAUGAGCCCUAAGGAGAACGACAUCCUAAGAGAGCAUAUUGAAGAGUUGUUAUAG